AUGGAACGCGGUCAUUUGCCAUGGUUCAUCACAAUACUUCAUAUCGGUAAAUACGGACACUGCCUCGAUGCACCGAAUCGCAUUCGUAAACCCCAGCAGGACGUGCAGAUUGCCAAAUGUCAUCAUGAAGGUGGAAAUCAGUACUGGAUUUAUGAAAAGGAAGGAGAACUCCGUCGAGAUGACUACUGUUUAGAUUACAUGUUCGGUACCGUCAUACUUUUCUACUGCAAGCGGUCAGCAUCACAAAUCUGGCUCUAUGAUUCAACGACACAAAACAUAAGACACAUGCAAACACAGAAGUGUCUCACAGUCAAGCAGUACGCCGACGGCCUGAAGAUCCUGCUGCAGCCGUGCUCAGCAGACUUGCAGCAGAAAUGGGUCUUGGAUAACUUCCACGUGGAUAGACUGACACCGGAACUGCAGAGUUAUGCCAGGAAGAAUAUGCUGUUGUAG